AAACUCCACCCUUUCCUUCCGGGAGGAAAGCAAAGUCCUAGUGCUGUGACAGGCCCCACAUCUCUCCUCCCACUCGGGAUCCACAUGACGUUUGGCUUAGAGGGUUGUGCACUCACACUAAGCCACAGUCCGCCUAGCAGUCCGCGAGACCAGGCCAGGGAAGUGAGCCACACUUAGGCCCCUGCCACAGCGCCAUGGAGCAAGGUCAGGACAUCUUCCGCCUGCCACUCGAGUAUGUGAAAGGGGUCCCUCUCAUCAAGCACUUUGCAGAUGCACUAGGGCCACUGCAGAGCUUCCAGGCCAGGCCCGAUGACCUGCUCAUCAGCACCUACCCCAAAUCCGGCACCACAUGGGUGUGCGAGAUCCUGGACAUGAUCUACCAUGAUGGCGAUAUGGAAAAGUGCCAGCGGGCCCCCAUCUUCAUCCGGGUGCCUUUCCUGGAGUUCAGUGUCCCAGGGCUUCCCUCAGGUUUGGAGUCUCUGAAGGAUACACCAGCCCCACGGCUCCUCAAGACGCACUUGCCCCUGGCCCUGCUCCCCCAAACCCUGCUGGAUCAGAAGGUCAAGGUGAUCUACGUUGCCCGCAAUGCCAAAGAUGUGGCCGUCUCCUAUUAUCACUUCUACCACAUGGCCAGAGUGCACCCAGAUCCUGGCACCUGGGACAGCUUCCUGGAGAAGUUCAUGGCUGGGGAAGUGUCCUACGGGCCCUGGUACCAGCAUGUGCAGGAGUGGUGGGAGCUGAGAAACACCCAUCCCAUUCUCUACCUAUUCUACGAGGACAUGAAGGAGAACCCCAAGAGGGAGAUAUGGAAGAUCUUGAAGUUUGUGGGGCGCUCCCUGCCUGAAGAGACCAUAGAUCGCAUCAUCCAGUACACAUCUUUCAAGGAAAUGAAGGAGAACCCCAUGGCUAAUUACAGCACUUUGUCCCGUGACUUCAUGGACCAUGAGGUUUCUGCCUUCAUGAGGAAAGGCAUCACAGGGGACUGGAAAAGCACCUUCACUGUGGCCCAGAACGAGCGCUUUGAUGCCUACUAUGCUGAGAAGAUGGCACGCUCAAGCCUCAAGUUCCGUGCCCAGCUGUGAGAGGCGUUCCUAAGGGAGUGGUGUCAGCCCAGCCUGAUGUGGCCUCAAGAAUAAAAUGAUUUGUAUGAAAUGGAGCGCUUCUGCUGGAAGCAGACAGAGA